AUGGCUGCGAAGCUGCGAGCGCAUCAGGUGGACGUGGACCCGGACUUCGCGCCGCAGAGCCGGCCGCGCUCGUGUACCUGGCCCCUGCCGCAGCCCGACUUGGCCGGCGACGAGGACGGAGCGCUGGGUUCAGGGGUGGCAGAGGGCGCCGAGGACUGCGGGCCGGAGCGCCGGGCAACGGCCCCGGCGAUGGCCCCAGCGCCGCCGCUGGGCGCGGAGGUCGGACCGCUGCGGAAAGCGAAGAGCUCCCGGCGGAACGCGUGGGGGAACCUGUCCUACGCCGACCUCAUCACCAAAGCCAUCGAGAGCGCCCCGGACAAGCGACUCACGCUCUCGCAGAUCUACGACUGGAUGGUCCGUUACGUGCCCUACUUCAAGGAUAAAGGCGACAGCAACAGCUCGGCCGGCUGGAAGAACUCCAUCCGGCACAACCUGUCGCUGCACACCCGUUUCAUCCGCGUGCAGAACGAGGGCACUGGCAAGAGCUCCUGGUGGAUGCUGAACCCCGAGGGCGGAAAGACAGGCAAGACCCCUCGGCGGCGGGCCGUGUCCAUGGACAACGGGGCCAAGUUCCUGCGCAUCAAGGGCAAGGCGAGCAAGAAGAAGCAGCUGCAGGCACCUGAGCGAAGCCCCGAUGACAGUCCCCCGGGCGCGCCAGCCCCGGGGCCUGUGCCUGCCGCAGCCAAGUGGGCCACCAGCCCGGCCUCGCACGCCAGCGACGACUACGAGGCGUGGGCCGACUUCCGCGGCGGCGGGAGACCCCUGCUCGGGGAGGCGGCCGAAUUGGAGGACGACGAGGCCCUGGAGGCCCUGGCACCGUCGUCGCCGCUCAUGUACCCGAGCCCGGCGAGCGCGCUGUCGCCCGCGCUAGGAGCGCGCUGCCCGGGGGAGCUGCCCCGCCUGGCCGAGCUGGGGGGCCCGCUGGGCCUGCACGGUGGCCUCCUGCUGGACGCGCUGCCGGGGCCGUACGCGGCGGCCGCCGCCGGGCCGCUGGGGACCGCGCCCGACCGCUUCCCGGCCGACCUGGACCUCGACAUGUUCAGCGGGAGCCUCGAGUGCGACGUCGAGUCCAUCAUCCUCAACGACUUCAUGGACAGCGACGAAAUGGACUUCAACUUCGACUCGGCCCUGCCUCCGCCGCCGCCCGGCCUGGCCGGGGCCCCGCCCCCCAACCAGAGCUGGGUGCCGGGCUGAGGGCCGCCUCCCGCGCCCCGGGUGCCCCGCCCCGCCCCCAAGGGGCUUCUGUCUUCCCGUCCUGAUACCCUGGGCCCCAUCCCCGAUUCCAGCUCCACGGGAGGAUCCGGGAGGCAGCCCCAGGCCUGCUAGAGACGUCCCUCAGAAGCUGACCACCGAGGGAAGUGGUAGGGAGGGGCUGGGGCACCUGCCAUUCCUGCCCAAACUCCUGCGACCCGCUCCUCCUCCCUCCCCCGGGGGCAGGAGGCCUGGGCGGAGCGGAAUUUCAGGCUGGGUGGGAGUGGGGACGAGCCAGGUGGGCUGCGCUGGUGGGGGAUACCAACCAGGAGGUGUGGCACAGGGCUGGGGGCGUCUCCGAAUCUUCAAGUUUCAUUUGCAGGGGCCCUCGCCGCGACGGAUCACCCACCCCAAACUCCGGAUCUGAUUCCCAACUGACACCUUCCCACUGGUCUUAGCCUCAUCCACCCCAAGCCAGGAACCCCUCCCGGAAGCACUCACACCUACCUGUUGGCUGUUCACCCUGAGCUGUUUUCCUUCAGCCCCAAACCCCUGCUUAGAGCCCCCAUUCCCAUGGUUCAGCCCCUCCCUCCUAUCCUUGCAGGUCCUACCUUCUCCUCUCCUCUCCUCUCAGGUUGGAGUCAAUCCCCCUUCCGACCCCCACUCUCCAGUAAUGGUCUCAGCCUCUGCAGCAGGCCUCAGCUCCGGAUCCACCCCCAAACCGACACCCCUUUCUCCAUUCCAGUCCUGCCUCCCCUCCCGUAUUUAUAAGUGUCCGGUCGGGGCGGGCUGUGGGCGCGGCGUCCCCGGCGCAUAUCGUAGGCAGUGUACCGUGGCCGUGCCGUCAGCGUGUGCGUGUGCGUGUGUGCCGUGUCGAGGCCGUGUAGAGUGCAUUGUACAGCAUAUUUUCAUGAAUAAAAUUGUUUUAAAUAUU